AUGAGUUCCGAACUUUGUCCAGUAUAUGCGCCCUUCUUCGGUGCCCUGGGUUGCGCUUCAGCUAUCGUUUUCACCUGCUUUGGAGCUGCCUAUGGAACCGCUAAGGCUGGUGUCGGUAUCUGCGGAAUGGGUGUCUUGAGACCAGACUUGAUCGUUAAAAACAUUGUCCCCGUUGUUAUGGCCGGUAUCAUUGGUAUCUAUGGGCUGGUCGUCUCAGUUUUGGUCGCGAACAACUUGAAACAGGAGCUGGCGCUAUUUACAGGAUUCAUCCAGUUGGGUGCGGGUCUCUCUGUCGGUCUUGCCGGUUUGGCUGCUGGUUUUGCUAUCGGUAUUGUCGGUGAUGCUGGUGUUCGUGGUUCAGCCCAGCAACCUAGACUCUAUGUUGGAAUGAUUUUGAUUCUCAUUUUCGCAGAAGUUUUGGGUCUCUAUGGUUUGAUUGUUGCUCUCCUCAUGAACUCUCAGGCCACAACCUAUAAGUGCUAG